AGUCUGGCCCGAUACCCCACCGGGCUGGCAUUGUCAGAUACCGAAUCGUUCUUGUGAUUCCCAUGAAGUGGGUGGUUUUCCUCCCAAUCGCUUCGGCCCUGAAGUCCACGGAUCUACUACAAAGAUGGAGCAUGUCGAGCAUGUCUUUGCCAAAGAUGGGAAUUGAGGAAGCUCUCAAGCUUCGAGGUCAAGUCGAAUUUCCAGAUCAACGUUUUGGCGGUUUUCAUUUAAUGGAAAGCCUCCAGGAGGAUCAUGGCACUGUGCCAACCACCGCUCCAGGGUCUCCAGGAGCGCUGCCGUACAGCAACGUUCGCAGCAAUGGUAUUGGCCACCCUGACCCGAUAGGAAUGUCCGCAGGAGUCUUGGUGCUGGUCUAUGCCGCUUAUUCCGUGUACAGAUAUCGCCGGGAGGCCAAUCGGAUCAUUAGCCUCUUUGAGGCCAAUACCCAGAUCAAGGAGCUGUCUGAGAGCGCAGCUCGAGGAGAACCACUUCCCAAUAUCGUCGUCAUUCGAGGCCACAUCGGAGCUGACGGUGGAGAUAUUUGUACCGUCUCCACGGGGAUCGACGGGCUUCGAGAGCGCGUGGGCGAAAUUGAACAGCCCAAGAAUGCUUGGAUCGAGAUCGCCCGGCAGGCGAAGUCGGAUCCGCAACUGCGGGGCGUGGCAGAUGCCGUGGUGCAACGCACUGGUGUCGAUGCCGACGAUGUUCCAGAAGUGCCAGAGCCAGGUGACCCCUAUGCGCGGCAGAGUAACAAUCGCGGCGAGGGCUCCUUGGUCGUGGCAGAGAUUCUGGUAGCCAGGAUAUGUGCCAAGCAUCAAAGUAUCAGAAGAGAAAAGACCACAAAAAGGGUCACGAUCAAAAGACCUCGGAGGAAUGAAAGCUACAACUGCUUUCAUGGGCGACGUGUGUCCGAGCGACUUCACCUGAUUGACCUCGAUGGCAAUCGUUGUGACAUUGAACUUCCACCAGCAGAUGCUGUCGGCCUUGCAGGCGUUUCGGAUCCUCCACCACUCUUCUUGCCCGUCAGUGAUGUGUGGACGGAGUUUACCCAUUAUCUUCGUAGAGAUGGUGUCACAGGGCCGAGUGGCCGUCGUCAACGAUUGGAUGACUUGCCUCCCAUGCGCCUAUCGGACCCAUACACACUCUUGUCUGAGUUCAUUUUCCUUGAUGUGCAGUCUCCCGGAGAUCUUGGGGGUUUCCCUGGAAAUCCCAGCGUGCUUGAAAACAUUGGUGAGGCCUUCCGGAAUGGUCCCACACCAGCGAAUUUCUUGUGGGAACCGCGAGGAUUCUACGACUCCGUACGGGGUGGUGGCUAUGAUGAUGUUCCUUCAUAUGCUUCAAAGCACCGCAAAACGGAGAUGGUCACAGCGAGAGAACUCCUUGAGCGAGCGCAGGUGGCAGCCAAAGAGAAUGCCAGAUAUACGCCGCAUUGCGAGCCGACCUUCACCCGUUUGGAGUUGGAACAACGGCGAGAUGAGGAGAAUUGUUUUCGCUACACAGAGCUUGCAAUACCUAGAGGGACGCCGGUCACCAUUCUAGCACGGCCUAUGGUAGCUCAGGCUGGAACUGGCGAAGGAGCUGAUUGCAACAUACGUUUAGUGUCACCAGGCUGUGAUGAAGGUCCAGACCCCUACGUAGAUGCGAAGAACCUGAAGGAUCGCUUUCGCUUCCGCAUUCUCAAGGGCCACCAGGUGGAAAACCUCCUCCGCCACCGGGAGCUUAACCCGACAGCAUAUUACGGGCUCGCCAUGGUUGCCAUGGCCUUCAUUGGCUGGGCUGCGUCUGGAUAUCCUGGGCUGGGUGCCUGACAGGCUGCUUGAGGGCGAGUGUUUCACGCCGAAAGCGGGGCCUUGGCGCAAGGACCGGGCCAUUCCAUCUACGCGAGACCAUGUCUCUAUGCGUCGAUCAGCUGUCUGUGCUGCGGCGCGGUGGGUUUUCCUCGAUGGCGAGGCACGUCUUGUGGCGCGAACAUCGCGCAAGAGUGGCCAAACACAGUCUCCUUCACUCAGAUCGUCUUCUGAACCUUGACUGGGGUAGGUUCUGGAUAAUGAGCAUUGUAUUUUUGCCGGACAGACUUGGCGAAGGCGCUUCAUAGAGGCAAAAUUGCAUGCCGUGCUCUCGGCCCAAAAGUUUCAGUUUCAGUUUUGCAAAAGUGAGGAAAAAAGGAGAAGUAAACUCAUUUUCUGCCUCUUUCCUCCCUCGGUUGAUCAUUCCAAUGCUGGUGGUGUUUCUACCGACCACGUGGAAAGCACACCAUCAACAGUUAACGAGAAAAGCCUCGAGACCCAUGUGAGCAGCCGUGAGAAAAGCCGUGAGAUGCAUCGGUCAACCGGGUCUCUGUGCAUGUCCAAGUCAAGUGGCUCUACCGAGUAGAAGUGUAUAGAAACCGUUAUCAGGUCGUCGUUUUGGCGAAGAAUUGCGGUGUGCCACGUGUGU